UUCUUCUUCAACUUUAACGUUCUCCUAGAAAAAUUUGUUACUAUAUGUUGGUUCCCUAAAUUAAAGGGAUUAAAACAAGUGUACUCUACUGCUGUACCAAAUCACUGUUUAUCAAUUGGAAAAAGGUAGAGGAAAGUAGAUAUGCUUAAGCCAUAAAGCAAGUGUUUAUCUUUUGUUUUUGUCCUGUUUAACACAAAAGGAAAAGUUGGUGAAACUGUGAAGCAAAGAUUUGAAGGAAAAAGGAAAGAAGAAGAGGAAGCAGAAAAUUUGUUCUUGGAGUAUCCGUUUGUGAUGAUUGGUCACAGGAUGUGUGGACUAUAUGUGAAGAUUUUGUUUGUAUUUGCAAUUUUUUCUGUUCAAAAUUGCCAGGGGUUUACUGAUCCUCGUGAUGUAUUUGCCAUAAAUAGUUUAUAUACUAGUCUGGGCUACCCUUUGCUUCCUGGAUGGGUGCCAUAUGGAUUAGACCCUUGUGGUGAUCAAUGGCAUGGUGUACUUUGUGUCAACGCCAAUGUAACUGGAAUAGUACUAAAUGAUUCAAAUUUGGGAGGUGAAUUAAGUGAGGGCAUCGGAAGCUUUGCUUCAAUCAUACAAAUAGAUCUCAGCAACAACCAUAUUGGAGGCAGUAUACCAUCCAAUUUGCCCAUUACCCUCAAAACCUUGUCUCUCUCCGGUAACCAGCUUACUGGGAGCAUUCCAGACAACAUAUCCUCGUUAGGGCAAUUGUCAGACUUGUUGUUGAACAACAAUCAUCUUAAUGGAGUUAUUCCAGAUGCCUUUCUGCAGCUUAAGACUUUGAUUAAUAUGGACUUAUCUGGGAACAGUUUAAGUGGUCAGCUGCCUUCUUCAAUGGGGACUUUGUCGUCACUUACUACCUUACACUUGCAGAACAAUCAGCUUUCUGGGAUCCUUGACGUUUUGCAAGAUCUUGCUCUAACGGAUUUAAACAUAGAGAAUAAUUUGUUCUCUGGGCCUAUACCACCAAAAUUGUUGAGCAUCCCCACCUUCAGACGUGCAGGGAACCCUUUUAAUACUACUAUCAUUCCUUCACCACCCAUGAUAUCACCUUCUCCAGCACCAUUUGCUGUGCUUUCUCCAGAUUUAGCCCCUUCACUGCCAUAUACUGUACCGUCAGGACAAGGAUUACAGCCCUCUGGAGGGCAAAAGAGUAGUAAUUCAACCAAACAUGUCAAAUUGAUUGCUAUAGCCGGAUUAGUAUCCCUUGUCAUACUUGGAUUGGGUGUUUGCCUUUUGAUGUCACGAUUCUUCAAAAGAAGAAGAAAGGCCCAAAAAGAAGCCAAGAGACAUGAAACAUAUGAUUAUAGUUUGCCCAAGGCCAAGGGUAACCCUAAACAUGAUCAAUCUGCGCAAAACCCUUAUUAUGAUACAGAAAAAGAAGCAGGUUUGAGGCCAGUGGCUGGAAAUGGGAAUGCUCGGGGUAGGAACAUCUCAAUGAAUACUUCAGAGGCAGUGGCUGGAAAUGGGAAUGCUAAGGGUAGGAACAUCUCAAUGAAUACUUCAGAGGCAGUGCAGCAGAAAGACCUGAAGAGCACUAUAUCAUAUACAGACGAUGAUCUGGAUUCGGAGAUGGAGUCCAUGAUAUCAGAUGUUCUUCCACCACCGCCACCACCUUUUCUUAAAGCUCUUUCUGCUGAGAGGAUGGUUGUAAAUCCAAUUUUGCCCCCAAUUACGUCAGUCAAGCAUGCUAUGAAGAAUGUAAACUCUGCAGAGUUCUUCACCAUUGCAUCUCUUCAGCAGUAUACAAAUAGUUUUUCUCAACAUAAUCUUAUUGGAGGAGGCAUGCUUGGAACAGUCUACAGAGCUGAGUCUCCCCAAAAACUAUUGGCCGUCAAGAAACUAGACACUUCCGUGACCAGGCGUCAAAGUGAACAAGAAUUUGUUGAAAUGGUUUCCAAUAUCUCUAAACUUCAGCAUGAAAACAUUGUCAAGCUUGUGGGUUACUGUUCAGAGCAUGGACAACAGCUACUUGUCUAUGAGUAUUGUAGAAAUGGUACUCUCCACGAAGCAUUGCACUUAGAUGAUGAGAUCCACAGAAAACUUUCAUGGAGUACUCGUGUACGCGUUGCACUUCAAGCGGCAAGAGCAUUAGAGUACUUGCAUGAAGUUUGUCACCCACCAAUUGUCCACCUGAACUUCAAGUCCACUAAUGUUCUCCUUGAUGAUGAGCUUGCUGUGCAUAUGUCAGAUUGUGGUUUGGCACCUCUGAUGUCAUCUGAUUCCAUAAGACAGUUGCAAGGAUCCGGCUAUGGUGCUCCUGAACUUGAAUUGGGAAGCUAUACUUGUCAGAGUGAUGUUUAUAGCUUUGGAGUUGUCAUGCUAGAACUUCUCACAGGAAGACAGUCUUACGACAGGUCCCGACCUAGAGGGGAACAGUUACUGGUUCGAUGGGCUAUUCCACGGCUGCAUGAUAUAGAUGCAUUAUCAAGAAUGGUUGAUCCAUCCCUAAAUGGUUCUUAUCCGUCCAAGUCUCUGUCUCGGUUUGCUGACAUAAUUUCCUUGUGUAUUCAGUCUGAACCUGAAUUCAGGCCACCAAUGUCCGAAAUCGUGCAGAAUCUCCUGCAUAUGAUCUAAAGAUAUCAUCAAGGCUGUGUCUUUUUAGCAUAGAAGGGGAGGGAUUCAAGUAAUUCCCAAGGAGAAAUCUUUCUUUUACACAACAUUUUCAUUAAGUCCAUAUUUUGUACGCUAACAUGAGUAAUGUAAUGUAUAUAUAACAUUAUUAAUUAUGUUGUGCAACAUUUCCAUGUGUGAUUCUUUUUGACAUAGCCAUGAGAAAGAAGAAAAAGACUUGUCAUU